GGAUAAGCAAUAGCGAAUCACAAAUUUAAUAAAACCCAUCAAGAAGGCAUGUCUUUAGUGUAGCAAAAAUGAGUUUGCUUGUUUUUGUUUUAAACGAGAGAGAGUUGUAACUUGCUGAUUAAAAUUUUAAUUGAAUAAGUUUAAAUAAAUAGAUGAGAAUCCUUUAUCAUUAAAUACAGUAUAAAUCACAAGUGCUUUAAUGGAUAUUGAAAACAGUCUUCUUAACCAAUCAAUAGAAAAAGCAGUAGAGCUUUGCAAAAGUAUUUGCAAUUAAUCCAAAUGCCGACAAAAGGAAUUAUUGAUGCUUUCUUGUGUUAAUUUUGAGGAUAAAAGAAGAUAUUAAUACUGCUUGUAAAUAGAAAUAUGUUAAUAUUAUUAAAAUAAUAGUAUUGGUAAUAUAGGCAAUAAUGAGAAAAUAUAUUAGAAAGACAGCGUAAUUUCAAGGAAUUUAACUCUUAGUUUCUAAAUUGUAAGAAGUUAAUUUCCUUUAGAUAUAAUCGUGA